AUGGUUAAUGUGCAAUUAUGGCAAAAUCCCGGCUUCCCAGACGUUUCAAUUCUUCAAGAUAUAACCACCGAGAUUUUAAUUAAUUUUCGAAAAUGUAAAGAAUUGAGAGCCAGACUUCAAAUGCCAAAUAACGAUAUUAAUGAACUAAGCCGUAUGUUAAAUGAUUUAACUGAACAAAGGGCCGUAAAAUCGUUGAGAAUGUCAAGAUAUGCAGCCGAUAUAGUUGAAUAUAUACAUAUGCUUACAGAGGAAAAUGUGAGC